AUGCCAACACCACUCUCCCAAUUCCCAUCCCUCCGCCUCUUCGGCACAAUCAUCGGCACAAUUUGCAUCGCCUUCGGAAUAAACGCCAUCCUCCGCCCAUCCUCUGCCCUCUCCUUCUUCGAAUUCGACUACCCCACCACUCUUGCCGAGAAGACGCUAAUCGACAACAUGUUGAUCAUCUACGGGGCCCGCGAUGUGUUAAUGGGGUUGGCGGCUUAUAUCACUGCUUAUUAUGAUGGGAGAGCGCUGGGAUGGACAUUGCUGGCGAUCAGUGGCGUGGCGUAUGUGGAUGGGUUUGUGUGUUGGAGGAAUGGAGGCGGGGAGUGGAAUCAUUGGGGUUAUGCGCCUGUUGUUAGUGUGGCGGGGGUUGGGUUGCUGGGGUGUUUUGAUGGGAGGUGA